AUGUAAUCAUAAGGAUAAGCACCAUUAUAAAUAGAACAUUAUAUAAUAGGGAAAACUUUGGGUGUAGGUGCCUUUGGAAAAGUGAAGUGUAUGUGAUAUUGAUUAAGUAUAAUAGUGGCUAAACACAAUAUCACAAAUACAUAAGUGGCAAUUAAAAUUAUUAAUAAGAAAAAGAUGAAGAAUUCAAGAAUGGGUGCUAAAAUUAGAAGAGAGAUACGACUUUUAAGAUAUUUUAAUCAUCCAAAUGUGAUCAAACUAUAUGAAGUACUUGAUACUCCUGGAGACAUCUUUGUAGUAAUGGAGUAUGCAGAAAGAGGUGAAUUAUUCGAUUUAAUUGCCUAAAGAGGUAAAUUGCCAGAGGGAGAGGCUCGUAAUUUCUUUUUAUAAAUAUUAAGUGGGGUUGAGUAUUGUCACAAUAAUCUUGUUGCUCAUCGAGAUCUUAAACCUGAAAAUAUAUUGAUAACUCAUAAUUAUAUUGUAAAGAUAGCAGAUUUUGGACUUAGUAAUUUAAUGAAAGAUGGUAAAUAUCUCAAAACAUCUUGUGGGUCUCCUAAUUAUGCAGCUCCAGAAGUGAUUUCAGGUAAAACUUACUGUGGAUCAGAUGCAGAUGUAUGGAGUUGUGGAGUUAUUCUGUUUGCAUUGUUAGCUGGAUAUUUACCAUUUGAUGAAGAAACUACAUAAGCCUUAUUUAAAAAGAUUAAGACAGCUGAUUAUACAAUUCCUAAUAGUUUCAGUCCUUAAGUGAGAGAUUUGAUUAAUAGGAUGUUAACACCAGAUCCAUUAAAGAGAAUUAAAUUUCAUGAGAUUCAUUUACAUCCUUAUAUGAGGAGUAAUUAGGUGCCAUUUUAUUUAUAGAUUCCAUUUAAAUUAGAUGAAGGGAGAAGAUAAAUUAAUGAUGAAGUUUUUGAUAAAUUAAUGUAAUUGCCUUCUGUUAAUGUAAAAGGAAUAUCUCAUAAUUAAAUCUAAAAAAGUAUACGUAAAAGAGAAGAUAAAUCAUUUGUUGUGAUAUAUGAUCUACUUUUAGGAUAGAUGGGAAUAGAAUCAUCAACUCCUAUGACUCUCCAUAAUUUAACAAAACAGGAUUUAAUAUUUAAUCCUCAAAUACCAUAAGUAGAAGGAUAAUCUUUUGAUAAUGUUUUAUUAACAGAAAUUCAAAAGCCUGCUCCAUAUGAUUAUGGAAAGGAACUACCCAAAGAUAUCAUGGCUAUUGUUUAUCCAUAUUAAGCUAGAUAAAUUGUUAAUGCAAUUUAUACUUGUUUAGAGAAGUUUAAUACUGUAAUCAAGAUCAAGAGUCCUGAUUAUAAAUUAAAGUGUUAUCAUAAGAAUUUGAUAAAAAUGACUAAAUAUAAUUCUAGUGUUGAAUUGUUUAAUGAAUUUUAAAAAGAAGGAGAUGAAGCAGGAUCUAAGAAUGAUUUAGCAUCUCUUAAUUUUAAAGAGGAAAAUAAUAAUAAAAAACCAAAAACAAAAGAAAAUAAAUAUUCACCAAAAGAAAUAAUAUUCAACAUUUAAAUUUACAAAGUAUUUUAUAUACUAUUUAUAUUUUAGAUGCCUUCUAAUAAUAAUGAUCAUAUGAUCGAUUUCUAAUUAUGCAGAGGACAUCCUGUAGUUUUUAUGGAUUUUUGCAAUAAAGUUAUAGCAUUGCUUAAUUAGCACUUCAAUUAAUUUUGA